UAGGUUGGUUUGACAUUGUUUUGCACCUGGGACAGUUGCACUAACCAAAUCUUACAGGAAAUAUAUGUCCAUUGAGCUUGUAUUUUUUUGAAAAAAUUGUAGUUAAAUUAAUUUGUAGAUGUGUACACUAAUUAUACAAUUAAAGGAAAAUUUGCCAGCUAUGAGCUGGAAGCUUUUGUUUUUCACUUGCCAAGUCUUCCAGCAUAUUCAAUUUUAUGACUUUGGCUAACAAUUUAGGUCAUCGGACAUAUUAUGUGCAUUUCAGGCUUUGCUAAUCGUCUUCAAAGCCUGAUAUCAUUUGACUUUCAGUUUUGCUUCUUAAAUUGGAUGAAUGGGUUUCAAAAUACGGAUUCAUGAUUUUCACAAGCUGGUCCCUGUUCCCUUCCCCACCACAGAUUUGUUCAUCUGAAAAUCAAUGGACAUGUUGAUGUUCCUCUUUCACUUGUUCAUGUUUUGUCUUGUCAUAUCUGCCUCAGGUGAUUGCCAAUAUUCUUCAUGCGGAGAUAAUAACAUCCUUAUUCGUUUCCCCUUCCGAUUUCAAGGUCAGCAACAGCCUCAUUGUGGCUAUCCUGGUUUCAAUUUAACUUGUACUGAUGAUAGCAGAAUUGUUCUAAUACUCCCUCAUACCGGAAACUUGUAUGUCCGCAAUAUCAACUAUCUCAGACAGCAGAUACAAGUCUAUGACCCUGAUGAUUGCCUUCCUAAUCGUCUUCAAAGCCUCAAUCUUUCAGGUUCUCCCUUCACUGCCAUUCUUCUCCGUAGCUACACCUUCAUAAGCUGCCCAACUCAGAACAUGGGGUCACAAUUCAUUCCUGUUGAGUGUCUUAGCAAUUCGACACAUUUUGUAUCAGUUGUUCUUUCAGUGAACUUGACCAAUCCAUUGCCUGAGUCCUGCAAUGUUAUUAGAAACCUCUCAGUUCCAGUUGCAAAUGUCAGAGAUCACCUAAGUGAAGAUCUUUGGUUGACAUGGUAUUCACCUGACUGUAGACAGUGCGAAUCACAAGGUGGCAUGUGCAGGUUUGAGAGCAGACACAGUGAUCAAGUUCUUUGUUUCUAUGAUCAACAACCGGGUCGCGAAUCACGACAUGGUCGAGUUUAUAAACUCAGUAUAUUAUCUGCUGUUGGACCAGCUCUGAUUUGUGUCAUUGUGUUGGCAUGCUUUGUGUACUACGGACAUAGAAGAGUUAUUACAUCCAGAACUGUUGUUGCACUAUCACUGCAAACUACAGAAGAUAAUACUAGGAUGGGUUUGGACGAGUCUACGAUCGAGACAUAUCAGAAACUUGUAUUAGGUGAGAGCAGAAGAUUACCAGGACUCAAUGACCUGUGUUGCUCUAUAUGCUUGUCAGAGUACAAAAGCAAAGACACCAUUAGAUGCAUACCUGAAUGCACGCACUGUUUCCAUGCUCACUGCAUAGAUGAAUGGCUUCGCAUGAAUGGUACAUGCCCACUAUGCCGCAACACUCCCUCCCCUUCACAUGUUCAUGUUGUGUCCAGUACCUCUUAGAUUGAUUAUGAAUUUAGUGUAUAUGUCCACACAAUUUAAGUGCAAUGUGAUGGAACUUACAUAUAUCCUUACUUAUAAAAGCAAGUUCUAGUCACGUUAUUUAUCUUUAAAUGCGUGCUGACAACUUUGUAUACUAUAGUAAUAACAGAUAUCCAAACAUAAUCUCACUCAUUAUGUGCUCACAAUGCAAAAUCUGGGGGAGAAAAUCCAGCUGCUCUCAUUGUUCGU